AUGAACUAUAGAAAGCAAAAAAAUUGUAAUCGUUGCGGGGUGGAGUUUUGCUUGGCUUAUUUACUAAAUUUAAGCUGUUUAUUCCUGUUUUAACAGUGGAACACUUGCUCAAAUACCACAAUGGAUGAUCAAGGAAGGAAAGUAAUUGUUUGCGACAACGGCACCGGUUUUGUUAAAUGCGGCUAUGCUGGCAGCAACUUUCCUGCUCAUAUCUUCCCGUCGAUGGUGGGCAGGCCUAUCAUCAGAGCGGAGAACAAAAUAGGAGAUAUUGAUGUCAAGGACAUAUGUAUCGGUGAUUUGAUGGUAGGAGAUGAGGCAUCACAACUGCGGUCCAUGCUCGAAGUCAGCUAUCCUAUGGAGAAUGGAGUGGUCCGCAACUGGGAGGACAUGUGCCACGUGUGGGACUACACGUUCGGGCCGAGCAAGAUGGACAUCGACCCGAAGGACACCAAGAUCCUGCUCACAGAGCCGCCCAUGAACCCUACUAAGAACAGGGAGAAGAUGAUUGAGGUGAUGUUCGAGAAGUACGGGUUCGACAGCGCGUACAUCGCGAUCCAGGCGGUGCUCACGCUGUACGCGCAGGGACUCAUCUCCGGGGUCGUGGUGGACUCAGGCGACGGCGUGACGCACAUCUGCCCCGUGUACGAGGAGUUCGCUCUGCCACAUCUCACCAGGAGACUGGACAUCGCCGGCCGCGACAUCACGCGGUACCUGAUCAAGCUGCUUCUCCUCCGAGGCUACGCGUUCAACCACUCGGCGGACUUCGAGACAGUCCGCAUGAUGAAGGAGAAGCUCUGCUACAUCGGGUACAACAUCGAGCAGGAGCAGAAACUGGCGUGGGAGACCACCGUGCUCGUUGAGCCUUAUGUCUUACCCGACGGGCGAGUGAUCAAAGUGGGCGGCGAGCGGUUCGAGGCGGCGGAGGCGCUGUUCCAGCCGCACCUCAUCAACGUGGAGGGGCAGGGCAUCGCCGAGCUGGUCUUCAACACCAUACAGUCAGCAGACAUAGACAUGCGUCACGAGCUCUACAAGCACAUAGUUCUCUCCGGCGGCUCCACCAUGUACCCGGGGCUGCCGUCGCGCCUCGAGCGGGAGAUCAAGCAGCUGUACCUGGAGCGGGUGCUGCAGAACGACACGCACAAGCUCGGGAAAUUCAAGAUCCGCAUCGAGGACCCGCCGCGGCGCAAGGACAUGGUGUUCAUCGGCGGCGCGGUGCUCGCCGAGGUGUGCAAGAACCGCGACAACUUCUGGCUGUCACGCGCCGAGUACCAGGAGCAGGGUCUCGGGUGUCUAAGGAAGCUGGGACCCCGCGCUAGCUAAUUCAAGUCAUUAAUUUAGAAAUCUUAUGUAAAAUACUAGACUCUUCUACUAUGUACGUAUGUUAUAAUAAUAAUUUAAUUAUGUUG